AUGGCAGGUGAACCCAUCGAAGGCACCUCCCUGGACCUGGGGAUGCGCGGCGCCGCCAUCACGACCCGCGACGCCGCAGCAGCUCCCGAACCGCCCAGCGCGCAGCAACAGGAGCAGGAGCGCCCGCCCACGCGCCGCCGCCGCGCGGCCACGCCGCCGCGCGGCGCCGCCGCCGCCGUCGCCGUCCCGGCCACGGCCGCACCACUGCCGCCCAUCGCCCCCGACCUCAUCUCAUCGGUGGAGGAGCGCCAGCGGCAAGUGCGCGAGUGGGCAGCCGCCUACUACGCCGGCGCGCCCGUCGUGUCGGACGACGUGUUUGACCAGAUCAGAUCAGAGCUCUCCGCGCUCGAGGCGCGGCUGCGCGCCGAGCGGCCGGGGGAUGCGCGCGCGGCGCGGGCGCUCGCCUCGACGCCGCUGACUGCUGUGGGCGCGCCGGUCGACGUGGCGCCUGGCGCGCGCAAGGUGCGCCACGAGACGGCGAUGCUGUCGCUGCCGGCGGCGGCAGACAAGGAGGCAGUGCUGGGAUGGGCCAAGAAGCUGGAGAGGCAGGGGGUGGACGCGGGGGCGGAGGUGUUUGUCAUUGAGCCGAAGGUUGACGGCCUGGCGGUGCGGGCGGUGUACAGGGACGGCGCCCUCGUACUGGCCGCCACGCGUGGGGACGGCAAGGAGGGGGAGGAUGUCACCCAUAACGCCCUCACAGGCGCCAUCAGCGGCCUGCCCCUGACGCUCAACCUGUCGGCUGUCCCCAAGGCCACCGCGCCGGGGGCCACCAGCGGCGGCGGCAGGGGCGGGGGCAGGGGCAGGGGUAGGGGCAAGGGCGGGCGCGGUGGGGCCGAAGGUGUCGAGAAGCUGCCGCGGGAGCUGGAGGUCAGGGGGGAGGUUUUCAUGACCAAAGGCGACUUUGCGGCGCUCAACGCCGCGCGCGCGGCCGCGGGCGAGCGGCCCUUCGACUGCGCGCGCAGCGCGGCGGCCGGGUCGAUGCGGCUGCUGGACCCUUCAGAGGCGGCAACGCGGCGCCUGAGCUUCCUGGGGUACCAGCUGCUCGUGCCAGGGGCGGCCGGCGGCGGCGGAAAGGACCCCUUGCCUGACGCAGACGCCGCCGUCACCACUGGCAGCCCCCUGCUGCCCCCCAGGCAGAGCGCCAGCCUGGCCUGGCUCGGCGCCGCCGGCGUGGCGGUCAGUCAGGACUCAAAAGUGUGCCAAGGGCUGGUGGCGGCGGUGGGGGCGGCGGAGGACUGGAUGCGGGCGCGGGGCGAGCUGGCCUAUGACUCUGAUGGCUGUGUGCUCAAGCUCGACGACCUGGCGCUGUGGGCCCGGCUGGGGGCCGUUGACAGGGACCCGCGGUGGGCGCUGGCGUGGAAGUUUCCGGCCAAGGAGUUUGUGACCCGCCUGCAGGGCAUCGAGUGGAACGUCGGCCGCACCGGCCUGGUGAUCCCCGUGGCGCUGCUGGACGAGGUCCGCAUCGGCGGCGCAGCCGUGCGCCGCGCGUCGCUGCACAGCGCGGGCCACCUCGAGUCCCUCGGGCUUUCAGUGGGCUGCGAGGUCAGGGUGCGGCGGUCUGGUGACAUCAUCCCGCAGGUCAUGGGCCGUGUGCCCACAGGUACCAACCCCAGCUCCCAGGGCACCACCCUGCAGCCCCCGACCCAGUGCCCCGCCUGCAUGGCCCCGCUGCAGCGCCAGGAGGGGUCUGGCGCCUACGCGCUCGUGUGCGUCAACCCCGCCUGCGCCGCCCAGGUGGAGCGAGCGCUGCUGUACUGGGCCGACAAGUGCGUGAAGGGCCUGGGCGAGGCGCGUGUGAAGGCGCUGUUUGAGGCCGGCACAGUGCGCACCAUCGCUGACCUGUACAAGCUUACUGAGGCCCAGUGGCUGGCGCUGGACAAGGUGGGGCCCAAGACGGCAGCCUCCUACCUGCAGGCGCUGGGGAACAGCCUGCGGUUGCCAACUGCUGUCGUCUUGUCCGGCUUUGGCAUUCCCCUGGUGGGACCCAAGAUGGCUGAGAGCCUGGCGGAACAGUGGGGCAGCAUCCGCCACCUGGCAGACAACGCACACGUGGUUCCCGGCGCGGCCGGCGACAGCCUGCGGGCCUGGCUCUCAUCCGCCGACACCAAGCAGCUCCUGAAUGAGCUGGAGGCUGUCGGGCUGCGCUGCAUGAGGGACGCACGUCCCGAAGCUGGCGCUGGCGGCGCCGAGCCGGGGGCGCCUGUUUCAGUGGUGCCGGCGGGGACUGGCACCGGCGCAGCGGCGGCGAACGGCGUGCCGCUGGAGGAGGCGGGCGGGGGUGCGGGGGCGCCGGCUGCGCCGCCGGCGGAUCUGCUCAAGGACGAGCACAUUGCUGUCACGGGCAGAUUCUCGCUGAGGGGCAGCCGUCAAAAGCUCGAGAAGCUGCUCAGUCAGCUGGGGGCCUCAGUGCAGAAGGGCGUCAACAGCCGCACCACCCUGCUGGUCUGCGGAGAGGGCGGCGGCCGCAAGAGGGCAGAUGCGGAGAUCCUGGGGGUGCGGGCGCUGGCGGAGGAUGAGUUCUUCAAGUGGCUGGACGGCCUCAUGGCGGCGGGGCCCGCUGCUGAUCAGGUGAUCUGA